UUGGAGAUUUAGCUUGGGCCACCUGUAUAAAAUUGACAACCGGAUUGGUUCUGGGCUGCUGCCGUAUCGCACAGAGAAGAGCUUCGGCUCUUGCAAAUCAUGCUCCGCCACGUGUGCGGUUGAAGAUUAGGAAUAUUCCAAAAACCCGAACCGGAGGCGGAUGUUCCCUCCCAUGUGCUUCUUGAUCCCGCAGUCGGUUUGACGUGUUAGGGUUUCGCAUUCCCGUGUUCGUCUCGCGGACUCUUUAUCUCCACCGUCCGAUUCAACGAAACCCAACCUUACUCCCUCCCACUUCCCCGCUUUCUUGCUUCAAAUAUCCUCAUAACCGGCAUAGCAGCGUGGUCUAUCCAUCUUCCUUUCUGAAUUAUUCUUUUCUUUUUCCGAAAAAAAAAAGAAGCCCUCGAAUCCGGCAUACAACGGAACCUAUUUAGGUCUUUCUAGGGUUUGAAUUCGAUUUGGCGGUUGGUGGGGCUGGUGUCCGUGGAUGUCGGAGCUGCUUGGGCUCGUUUCUAGGGUUUCCGAGGGUACGUUCUCGUAUAUACCAUAAUCCAGGGUGAGGCGAUGCAGACGGAGGCGCGGGUCGGGGUGGUGGUGGAGGGCGGAGGGCAGAGGGCUCUCGCCUCCGGCCACGAAGCCGCCGUUGACGGUGGGGUCCGCCGGUUCUCCGCCGCGCACCACCAGCGGAACCGGCAGCAGGGCCUGCAGCAGCAGCCGCAUAUCGGGACGGUGGCGCAUCUCCUCGCUGGAGGGGUCGCCGGAGCGAUCAGCAAGACCUGCACGGCUCCCCUCGCUCGCCUCACCAUCCUCUUCCAGGUGCAAGGCAUGCAUUCUGAUGUUGCAACUCUAAGCAAGGCUAGCAUAUGGCGUGAGGCUUCCCGUAUUGUUUAUGAGGAAGGGUUUAGAGCAUUCUGGAAGGGAAAUUUGGUUACUAUUGCUCACCGCUUACCUUAUUCCUCGAUUAGCUUUUAUGCUUAUGAACGCUACAAGCAUUUUCUACAGUUAAUUCCCGGGCUAGAUAGACAUAGAGAGUAUGCUAGUGCAGAUGUAUGUGUGCGAUUAAUAGGUGGUGGUUUGGCAGGCAUUACAGCUGCAUCUAUGACCUACCCAUUGGACCUUGUGAGGACGCGUCUUGCUGCUCAGACAAAAACUAUAUAUUACAGAGGCAUUUCACAUGCACUCUAUGCCAUCUGCAGAGAUGAGGGUGCAAAAGGGUUAUAUAAGGGCCUCGGAGCAACAUUACUGGGGGUUGGACCUAGUAUAGCAAUCAGCUUUUCUGUUUAUGAAACAUUGAGAUCCCAGUGGCAACUACAAAGGCCACAUGACAAUGCAGUCCUUGUUAACUUGGCUUGUGGAAGUCUUUCUGGCGUCGCAUCAUCAACAGUGACAUUUCCAUUGGAUCUUGUGAGGAGGAGGAUGCAAUUGGAAGGUGCAGCUGGGAGGGCUCGUGUUUAUAACUCAGGUCUUUUUGGGACAUUCAGGCACAUAGUUCACGCUGAAGGCAUUCGAGGCUUGUAUAGAGGCAUUCUGCCAGAGUACUGCAAAGUUGUUCCCAGUGUUGGCAUUGUUUUCAUGACUUACGAGAUACUCAAGUCAUUCCUGUCAGGCACACCAGAUGAUGACUAGUGCUGGCAACUUUCUAAUAUGCUGCAUAUCUUGAUCUUUGAUUUCUGCCAUUGACACACAUAAUUGAGUUCUUAUUAGAGAUGAUGAGUAUGUGGUACUCCUUGGGAAUCACGUGGUAGUAAGUUUUGCAAUUACUGCCAUGAAAAAGGUUUUCAUUUCGUGUAUAGAUAUAUAAUUAUUUCAUGCGUAAGUCAAGACAUGUAACUGCUAUACAACUUACAUUUGCUGCUUGCGAUCAUUUUCUCAUCAAAAUGUAUUUUCCAUAUUUUUUUAACUUUGAGAAAAAAAUAUUUAGUUCUUCUUUCAACUCUUCCUGUUGAUAUUGUCAUGGUGUAAAUGGGAUCUGACUUUACUGAAAAAAGAAUUGUUGAGUAUUUAGGAAUUCUGGAAA